AAAGUACCGCGAGAGCGAUUGGAGAGCAGAAGGCUCCGUAUACUUUCGAAUCGCUCUCGCGGUACUUUGAAGUCAUACACCGCUGUGCCGCUUCGCUUGAAGUUGAACACGCAUGGCUUUCGGAGUCGACUCCCCAAUUGUUUUCAGUCAGGAGGAGUCUAUAUGGGACGCUGUCACUCUGGAGUUGUCUGCACACUGGAGGGCUGUGUUUCUACUGACCUCUGCACAUCGGAAUACUGAGCCUCUUUUUUCCCCCUGAUUCUCUCUCUCUCACUCUCUCUGUUCUCAUCCGGGGGAAGGAAUUCUGGCAAAGCUGUUGAGGGGAACUUUUUCCAUUCUUCCUCUCUUUCGCACACGCACACACACGCACACACCACGUUUAUCCUCUUUUGGUGUGUCGCCUGCAGUGGUGGGCGCAGACGUUGCUAGUGUUUGUGUGGAUGUGUGACUUGGACAGUGAAAAGGAGAUAUGCUGCAAAAUGGCAUGGCCGGUGCCAUUAGCACCACAACCACUACAGAGAUACCAGACCUCAAUGAGAGGAGAAUCAGACGUCUCAGAUUAACCCUCCGGCCUGAGGACAGUGCUAAAACUCAGAAUGAAACUGCCAACUCUGGGGAGAAACUGGUCAAUGGUUCCUGGAAAAAGAAAAAUGGGCUCAUGCAGAGAGAAAGACCGCCUGGGAGAGAAUCACCUCAACAAGAAGACAACCACCUUGUGACCAAUGGCAUCGGUAGGGAACAGCUCGCUCAGCACGGGCCCAGAGUUUAUGGUGUGGUGCACAGCACAGGCACCAACCACCAACAGGAAGUGAUAGCACGAGAGUGGUCUGUCGGUCACCUGAGGGAUGAGAUGAGGUACAUCAGAGAGGUACGUGACUCUUUGGAAAAAGUCAGAGAGCGGAUGUAUGGCCAGUUUGGAGGGAUGCAACAAUCAGUGCAAAAAUUAUCUCAGGAAUUAAAGGCGGCCAACUCUCAUAAGCGUUUCCUAGAGUCAGAGGUGAGGACGAGAAGGGCAGCUAUGGACAGCUUUGACCAGAUGAACAGCUCCCUUAUAUCAGCAAACAUUGAUCUGCAGAAAUCAGUGCUGGAAAGCUGUCAAAACCGUGUGGGGAACAGGGAUGAGAUGAGAUCUCUGCGCAGCUCGUUGGAGAAGACAGAAGAGAAACUCAAGGAAACAGAGAGACAACUAGCAGCAGCACAGGCAGAAAACCACUCUCUCAAACAUCAGGUGGAGACUUCUCAGGAGGCAAAGACUCAAGCACUGAAAGAAUUGAGUGCUAAGCUACAGAGGGAAUAUGAGGAACAGCUGCAGGAACAGCAGAGGCAGUACAGAGAUGAGAUCGAGGCAUUGCAGGCACAGCUUGAUGACUACAUGAGGAGACUUGAGGAGGCAGAGAGGAAUGCUCAGAUAGCUGAGGCAAAGAUUGCUGAAAGGGACCAAAGAAUUACAGAGGUGGAAAGGCUACUAAACUGUAUGGCUCAGGAGAAGGGUGACCUGACAAAAAAACUUGUUGAAUGUGAGCAACGCUUGCGUGGUUUGGACCAAACUGACCAUGCAGACAAAGCUGUGGCCAAACAGUCCGAGCAGCUGAAAGGGGAAGCGGCAGAACUGCGAGAGAGAAUAAAGCACCUCAACGACAUGGUGUUCUCUCAACAGAGGAAGGUCAAGGCCAUGAUAGAGGAGGUUGAAACCUUGAGAGCAAAAGUUGCACAGAAGGAUAUGUUCAUUGCUGAGCUGCUGGACAGGAUUGCCAUUGUGGAGUGUGAGAAUAAUGAGUUAGAAGACAAGUUGAAGUAUUUUAUGUCUGUACAGAGAGCAUCUGAGACUAAAGUAGUCACCAGGGAUAUUGGAGUUGGCUGUGACCUGCCUGUUAGAUCCGAGGAGCUGUCGUAUGUCGCUCCUGUCCAACCCAGCCCUGUCUUAUCAACCCCGAGAUCUUCUAGCAGACUGAGCAAUAGUCUACUUAAAUACACUCCUGGCCAGUACACCACAAUGCUGCGGUCCAAUGUAGUACAUACACAAGAAACUACGACCAGUACCACACAAACUGCACCUCUAUCUUCAAAUUACGUUCAGACAAGCAAUGAAGAUGGGACGUCCGAAUCUCCAACAGCCCCAGAACUGUCCUCUGCCACCAGUCCUAGAGCGAGAACCAGCCCGUCACAGAUCUACACUCCUUUUAUGAAGCUGAUGGAGAUGAGCUCGAAGAUGAGCAUUGAUUGAAUGAAGUUCUACUGAAAUGGAGGCUGAUGGAACAUGAAGUAUUCUUGUUUUGUUACUGCUCAUGUAACAUUACCGUAUAUAUGUAAAUAACCAAAAGAUCUGUGAAUAACUUAUUUUAGUGAUGCACUCUAUUUUGCUUUGUUUACCAAAUAUCUGGUGAUUUUAUGUGAUAGCCCUCUAUAUUUUACAGUUAUCUAUUUAUAUUUCCAUCUUUCUGAGCCCAUUUUUGUUUGGAUUAUUUUCUAAAGUGUAUUACCCAGAUAUUAUUUUGUUAUAUAUAUAAAAACUCAAUAAUAGGGUCUUUGUAUGAUCAGCUGUGAUCAAAACUCAACACUUGAGUUAUAAUAGAUGUUUUUUUCACUUCAGUGUGUAUUAACAUGUUUAAUGGAUCCAUUUAUUUGUACAAAGAGAGUUGUGGACAUCAGUGGCCUCAUACUCUUGCACUUUCCACCUGGAGCUGCUUGAUGCUCAGACUCCAGCUUAUUCACCUUCAACAGCUCAACUAAACGUAUUCAGAAUGCCAGUUUUAAAAAAAUGUGUUGGUUAUAGAUCCCCGUUGUUCUAGACAGAGUGAAGAUUGCUGAGAGAAAACAGGGCUCUGUGGAUUGUUCACAGCGUUAAUGUGUUAAUGCACUUUUCUGAAGACUCGCUUCAGUUGCCAAAAUCACAUCAUGAUUUAUGAUGUGUGCAAAUGAAGUUUUAUAAUGUACAUUUGAGUCUUUACCUGUCGUACAAAACUCUAAAAUAUAUUUGGUAUUAAAUAUUUUUCACUGACUGAGCACUAUAUUUACACAGAACUGGGUAUAUUGUUCAAUAAAUAAAAUGUUCAAACCUC